AUGCAGCAGAGGCUCGGCUCGGCUCAGGGCAAGCGUGUGCAGUGGGCUGAGGCAACGACGGCGAAUGGAUCCAGUCCGGAUAGUGGGCGAUUGCCGGCAAUGGCUAGAGUAAACUCGCGAUGCUUCAAUUCGGCGCCGAGUAUAGGCCGGAUUCGGGCGACGUUGCAGUGGGGGGCCAACGCUGACAAGACGAGUGCGGAGGAGCGAGCUGAACUAGGCGGGAGCGCAGGGCGUGCCGAAGAGCAGCUGGGGCGUUUAUGUACAGAGGCAACGGCGGGGCGUCGAGAAGGAGUGACGGGCGAGAGCGGCAGUGCGCAGUCGAGGGACGGUCGCGGGCCUCUGUGUGUGGGGAGAGGGGUGGGAUUAUGGGGAGUGGAACUGUACAGCAGGCGGGCGGAAUAG